GUAGCUUCCGAGUGUUCUGCGCGUACGCACGUCUGUCGACGUCACAAGCGCGCGAAAUAUUCCGACAUGUUCCGCGAAUUGCAGUGAUUAGUGAAGUGAUGAGUGGGAUCUAGUUUGUUUUGAGUGAUAUUUCUGGUGCCUUUCUACCAUCAUGAAAGCGUUUUUGUACAUAAUAAUUUAUUCGUGGCUGCAAACAGUAAACUGUCAAUCAGAAGACGUUUACAACAUUUUUUUUGAGUACGAAGAUAAUCGUGGUUUACCUACCGAUGAUUUGACUCUCAAUGACGAAACGACGUCAAUCGCUGUAAAUGUUGGCCUGUUACCAUCCAGCGGUAACACAAUAACGCAACCUUUCGCCCUAACCGUGGAAUUCAGAUUGGAUGUUUUCAAGAAAACAUGCCUAUUUUCGAUUGAGAACGACAAGGAUAUGACACUAGCAUUGUGUUUCACGCCAGUCAAUUCAGACGUAGUCACAAUAUCUCUCAAAAGCAAGCAUCUACCGAAGGGCGAAGUAAAUUUCGUAAAUCGUAUCGUCAAAGAAGGAAUAUGGACACAACUACUGUUUUAUGUGAAAGAAAACAGUGUAAAGUUAUACGCUGAUUGCUUGGAGAUCAAUACUGAAAAGCUUUCGGGACCAGUUGGAGAAAUUUAUCUGGACACGGAUGACACUUUGUUUAUGGGAAGAAGUGAGAUUGAGGAAACUACGGCAGCUGAGGGUGCAGUGAGACAAAUUAAAAUAUACUAUAACGUAGUCGACGAGAAUAUUUGCAAAGCAGAGGAUAUCAAAUUGCCAGAUAGCUUUGAAGAGGAGGGUGAGGAAGACUUUACACAAGGUGAACCUGGUGAAAAGGGUGAGAAGGGGGAAAAGGGAGAUAAAGGAAUUAAGGGUGAACCAGGAGAAUUUGUAACAGGCCCAUCAGGUCCCAUAGGUCCCCCUGGAAAGCCUGGAUUAAAAGGAGAUACCGGGGAUUGCAGAUGUACAGAAACUGUAGUUUCAAGCCUGCUGAAGACAAUGCCGGAGAUGAGAGGCCCCCCUGGUGAUCCUGGGCCUAUUGGAGAAUCCGGAAAACCAGGUCCAAUGGGUCUGACGGGUUUACCAGGGGAGCAAGGUGAGAGAGGUUCAAGAGGUCCAAAAGGGGAUAAGGGGGAUAGAGGAGAUGACGGCAUUCCUGGACACGAUGGGAUAGAAGGGCCUAGAGGACCAGCAGGAAUAGACGGAGAGCCUGGACCACAAGGCAUUCAAGGAAACCCGGGUCCACCAGGUCCACCUGGACCUAGCGCUAAGGACACAGAAGUGAGAAAAGAAAUUCCAGUCGUUGGACCAAGGGGUGAACAGGGGCCAAUAGGACCCCCAGGAUCACCUGGCCCUCAAGGUGUCGCUGGUGAUAAGGGCCAAAAAGGAUCCGAGGGGUUAAAAGGACAAAAAGGAGAACAGGGUAAUACAGGUGUUCAAGGACCCAGAGGUGAAACCGGCAGCCGUGGUGAACCAGGGUUGAACGGCAUACCAGGGACGCCAGGCGACCAAGGUCCUCGUGGUGAAAAGGGCAUGACAGGAGAUUUUGGUGCAAAAGGAGACACAGGCGAACCUGGUAUACCAGCGAAACUGUCUUCACUUCUAGAUUCAGAUACAGACCCUACAGAAAAAGAAGAAAUCGUAAAACUGCUAAGAGGACCAAAAGGAGAACCAGGAGUUGGUGGAGCAAAGGGUGAUACGGGUAAAGCAGGCGAGAUUGGCCUACCAGGAAGAGAUGGCAGGGACGGUGACCCUGGGAGUGAUGGGGCUGAUGGUGAACCAGGAAAGAGAGGAGAAAAGGGCGAUAUUGGCCCAAAAGGCUCUAAGGGAGACCGGGGUGAUAUCGGACCACCAGGGCUACCGGUCAACAUAGAUGUUACUGUUUUAAAGGGUGCAGAAGGUAGUCCAGGUCCCCAGGGUAGCCCUGGCCCUCAAGGAAAAUCUGGAGAAAAGGGAGAUAAAGGUAUCAAAGGAUCAAAAGGACUUAGAGGAGACAGGGGAUAUACGGGUCAAACAGGACCUGUGGGCCCCAUAGGACCAACUGGGAUUAAUGGAACGCAUGGCGAGAAGGGAGAGAAAGGUGAAAGUGCACCGUUUAUUGAUCUGAAAAAGUUGAAAGGUGACAAAGGAGACAGGGGUGAAAUCGGCCCACCUGGUGCAGCGGGUAAACCUGGACCCCCUGGGGCCAACUCAACUUGUGCAGCAGCUCAAAAACCAGUCAUUGGCCCUCCGGGACCCCCUGGACCGCCAGGGCCACCAGGCCCACCGGGUUUGUCAAUAACUGGACCUAAAGGCGAGCCUGGAGGCAUUGUAUCACAGCAGACGUAUUUUAAAUUCACUGAAAAUGUUGCUGCGAAUCCAAACAACAAUGAUGAUGACGAUGAACCUGUGACUGUAGCAACUGUGAUCUACAAAACAACAACUGCUCUUUUUAAGAGAACCUCAAGCAUCCGCGAGGGAACACUAGCGUAUGUGCUGCACGAGAAAAUUCUGCUGCUAAGAGUGGAUAGGGGAUGGCAACACGUUUCUUUGGUUUCACAGAUGGGCGCCGUAAUAGAUCCGACUGAAGCAAGCACCACAACACAAACAACUACGGAACCAACAACAACAAGAAGAUACUAUCCUGUUGAAGAAACCCAUGUCACAUCUUCGCCUAGAUACGGCUACGAUACGAGUAGAAGUGUCCGUGGAAAAUACAUGGUCUCUACGUUAGAGCCAUCUGGUACCACAACGCCUAGGCCACGAACCAGUAUUCGCAUCGCAGCUCUCAACCAGCCAUAUCCAGGCAACAUGUUAUCCAAGACAUCUGGAUGGAAUGCAGCCAAUAAUAGGUGUCACCGGCAGUCAGUGAAGGCCAUUGUAGGUGGCACCUUCAAAGCGUUCCUGGCUUCUGACAUUCAAGCGCUGCCGUACAUAGUGGACCCAGCGCACAGACACCUUCCCGUUCUGAAUCUUCGAGGAGAGAAGCUUUUCCAUUCCUGGGAGAGCAUUUUUGACGGAUCUGGAGCAAGAUUUGCUACAUCCAAUGCGCACAUCUUCAGUUUCGAUGGAAAGAACGUCAUGAAUGACAACUUUACCUGGCGUGAAAAACUAUUGUGGCAUGGCGCCAAUGCCACAGGCAGCAUCGACCAUGUCAGCUCAUGCGACAAGUGGAGAAGCGACAAUCCCUACGACUUUGCAUAUGCAUCGCCACUAGAACGACACAUGCUUUUAGGACAAGAAAGAGUAUCUUGUCAACGAAAGCUGAUAGUAUUGUGUGUUGAAGUAAAAUCAACACACUCAAAUGCUGUUCUAAGAAGACGACGAACUGAUUACCCACCUCGAAGGCGAAACUAUCGGUCCAGUAUAGCACCGACAUAUAAUCAAAAUCAUAUACCAGCCUCAUAGGUAUUAACUAUGUAAUGUUUGUAUACAGGGUGUUAGGUAAAUGGGUAUAUGAGCCGACACUAGCCCAUGUUAACAUGGUCAUAUAAAUGGUAUGGUGAAGUCAGAAAAUUUAUAUCUUCAUUUUAAUUAUUUUAAUUUUCAUACAAAUCGGAUUUUAUAAAAUUUAUUUUGUAUGAAAAUUAAAAAAAAUAAAAUGAUGAUAUCAAAUUUCUGACUUCACCAUACCAUUUAUAUGGCCAUGUUAACAUGGGCUAGUGUCGGCUCAUAUACCCAUUUACCUAACACCCUGUAUAUUAUUUUAACUGUGUGAGUAAUGUAAGCCUAUUAGUGUUAUCUGGACUUUAUGUCUGUAGCAUAAGGUUUAAGAUUAAUUGAGAUAUAUGAUCAUUUCGUGGGAGGUUGACUUGCUUGUUAAAUGUCUACAGAACAGUGGGCUGAGUGUGAGUUUACAUCAAAUACGCUCCCUAGUGAGCGCGUUUAAAAAAUGUAUGAAAAUUUUAGUUUUUGAACGUUUCCCGCUAGAGGCGCUGUACAAUCCGUCAUACAUAUAGGUAAUCACUUACCAUCAGGUGAUCCGUUUGCUCGUUUGCCUCCUAUCACAUAAAAAAAAAAAAAAAAAAAAAAACAUUAAAUGUCAUUUUUUGACGCGCUCACUAGUGAGCGCGUUUGAUGUAAACUUGCAUUAGGCCCUUUGAAUGAUUGAAUAUGAUGAUAAUGAUCAGUUAUUUGGAAAUCGAAGAUUUAAAAUAUUUGACAGUUAAAAUGUAAUAAAUAACUUAUCAAAAUAAUGGUUGAGUUUGGUAACCGAUAAGAAUGAAUGAAUUUGAUUGUGUUUUAUAAAGUUUUUAGUCGUUUGAUAAGUUAAAUGUUAUCAGUUUAUUAAGUCAUUUUUAUAACAAUAUUAGUAGCAAUAUAUUAUUUUCCUAACUAUAGGUUAAAUGCAAAUACAUGACUGUGUAAAACGCUUAAUUUAUUAUUAGAAAACUUAUACGUAAGUAUGUUUAAUGAUUUUUAUAUUGGUGGUAAUUUUGUUGACUUUGUCAUCUAGAACUUUAUCAAAUAUCAAUGAGUUAUAGCUUAAUAUUUGUAACCUUUUUACUACGAGUAAUUGAAUGGUACAAGAGCUUAGUUUAUUUUAGAGUUAUUGAGAGAAUCGCCACCAGUAUAUUAUUUCCUAUCAUAAGAUCGUCUUAAUAUAAAGUAGAGUAGUUUUAAAAAUAUUUAGGUAUACAAGUCGCUAUAGUUUACCUACCUCAUAAUACAUUAUAACACUUAUAUUUAAAUUAGCUUCUUUAUGAAAUUUUUAAUGAUUAAAUAUUCUGUUUUUCUUUUGUAAUAAAAUGUUUUGUAAAAAAAAGUCUCGAAUUCCAAAUAAGAUAUUCAAAGUACGUAAAUACCAUUGAUUUUAGUUAUAUUUUUACUGACUUCUAACUACUCUUUUUGCUUACUAACUUUAUAGUUUUAAGAAUAAGUCUGUGACAAAAUGUAUAAAUAGUAGGUAUGUCUAUAACAUUUUUACUAUCAGAAAUCAACACAUCCGAAUAAACUGAAUGUUCAAUGGAAAAUAGUAGCUAUUACCAUUACAUAAGAGGUCACAGUCUAUAUCUUUAUGUUCAGUCGUUCUACUUAUUAAGAUGAAAAGUAUUUUAGUUAUUGGUAAGAUCACAAGUUUCUAUUUAUUUAUUAUCUAAUGUUCAAUAAGCGUGUGCCAUAAUAAAUUAUAAUUUUAUCAAAAUACAGUUUUUGGUACAAAA